AUGCCAACCAGAUUAACCAAAACCAGAAAGCACAGAGGUCACGUUUCCGCCGGUAAGGGUAGAAUUGGUAAGCACAGAAAGAAUCCAGGUGGUCGUGGUAUGGCUGGUGGUCAACAUCACCACAGAACCAACUUAGAUAAAUACCAUCCAGGUUACUUCGGUAAGGUUGGUAUGAGAUACUUCCACAAACAAAGAAACCACUUCUGGAAGCCAGAAAUCAACUUAGACAAAUUAUGGACUUUAGUUGAUGAAGACAAGAAGGACGAAUACUUAAAGUCUGCUUCUGCUUCUGCUGCUCCAGUCAUUGACACCUUAGCCCACGGUUACGGUAAGGUCUUAGGUAAGGGUAGAUUACCACAAGUUCCAGUCAUCGUCAAGGCCAGAUUUGUUUCUGAAUUAGCUGAAGAAAAAAUCAGAGCUGUUGGUGGUGUUGUUGAAUUAGUUGCUUAA